AUGCUGUCCGCGGUUUCACGUCUACCUUCCCUAGUGAGUAAAACACACUUCUCCUUGGGUCUGGUAAAAGCGGCGACGCCGUUCUUACGCAACUUUGCCACUGCCUCGGAACCUAUAUCUUAUACAUUGCCGGAGACCAGUUUUAAGGCCUACGAAUGCGAGCCACCCUCCUGUAACAUCGAGAUAACGAAAGAAGAAGUUGUUGACUUGUACAAACAGAUGGUUUUAAUGCGUAGGAUGGAAACUGCUGCCGAUAGCUUAUAUAAGAACAAAAAGAUUAGGGGGUUUUGUCAUUUGUGCACGGGUCAGGAGGCUGUAUCUGUGGGAAUGGAAUCCGCAAUCACACGAGAGGAUGCAAUUAUCACCGCGUAUCGUUGUCACGGUUAUACAUUGGUUCGUGGGGCCACACCUCACCAAAUUCUUGCAGAGUUAACGGGUCGUUCCACUGGCAUCUCAAAGGGGAAAGGCGGCUCUAUGCAUAUGUUUGCCAAAAACUUUUAUGGUGGAAACGGUAUUGUUGGUGCACAGGUUCCUGUAGGAGCUGGCAUAGCUUUCACCCAGAAGUACAUGGGAACGAAUAAUGCUACUUUUGUUCUAUAUGGAGAUGGGGCUGCCAACCAAGGUCAAGUAUUUGAGGCCUACAACAUGUCCAAAUUAUGGGAUUUGCCGGUCAUAUAUGUUUGUGAAAACAAUUUAUAUGGUAUGGGAACUUCGGCCAAUAGGAGUUCCGCGAAUACACAAUAUUAUACACGUGGUCAAUAUAUUCCUGGAAUUCAGGUCAAUGGCAUGGAUGUGUUGGCCGUGAAGCAAGCAUGCAAAUGGGCAAAGGAUUGGACUGCAUCCGGUAAGGGGCCUAUCGUAAUGGAAAUGGUAACCUAUCGUUAUGGCGGUCAUUCUAUGUCGGAUCCUGGUACCACCUAUCGUACUCGCGAAGAAAUUCAACACAUGAGAAGUACGAACGAUCCAAUUACAGGUCUAAGAUUGCGAAUUUUAGAUUUGGGUUUCCUCACUGAUACCGAGAUAAAGAAUCUCGAGAAAGAAGCACGCGCAAAAAUAGACGAAGCCGCAAAAUUGGCCCAAGAAGAUCCGUUACCCGACGAUUCGGAAUUAUGGACCGACAUCUACCAAAUAUCGCAAUAUGUAUAA